AAAAUAGCAUAAUAUAUUUUGAUCAGCUUAAAAAGUCGCGCCUCGAGUUUCUUUAUUCAGAAUAAGGAAUAUCACUUUGAACGUCAAGCAAGAAUCAUGAUGAGCAUCACAAGCACUUGUCUUGCUUCGUUGGCACUUGCAUUCGCUUUGCUUGCGCAAGGGGCACACGCAGAUGAGAAGGUCGUACGAGCCUGCGAGGGAAAAACUCUUUCAAUCAAAUGCGAGGAUGAACGUGCGUAUAUUGAUGUUAAGCAUGCACUCUAUGGUAGAAUGGAUAAAAACAUCUGCUACAAGUUCUAUCAUGGCGUUUGGUCAAAGAACUGCAUGUCUAAAAAGUCUCUCAGUGAGGUGCAAAAGAGAUGUAAUGGAGAAUCCUCCUGCAGCAUCAAAGCAACAAACGACAUUUUUGGAGACCCUUGUUUUUUGACCGAAAAAUACUUAGAGGUCAAGUACACAUGCAGAGUUGAUGGUGGUUAUAGCAAUUGGUCGGACUUUAGCAAGUGCUCAAAAUCUUGUGGAGGAGGAAUACAAGAGCGUCAUCGUUCAUGUACAGAGCCAGCCCCUAAGAAUGGAGGAAAGAGCUGCGAAGGAGCUGAUAGUGAAACUAGAGCUUGUAAUGCCAACCCGUGUCCAGUGAACGGUGGCUAUUCUGAUUGGUCCGCAUAUGGACCAUGUAGCCGCACUUGUGGACGCGGAACACAGUUACGCUCGAGAAGAUGCGACAAUCCAGAACCAGCAUUUGGGGGUGAAGACUGUAGCAAACUCGGCCCUGCUGAAAUGACACGACCAUGCAUAAAAGUGUGCCCAAUGACAAUUUCUGAUGAGAAAAAAAGCACAGUAUGUGAAGACAAAGAAAUUUCGUUGAGCUGCCCAGGAAACUCAAAGAUCAUGGUCUCGUAUGCAAUGUAUGGGCGGAAAACGACAAACAUAUGCUGGAAAAUUCACUCUUUCAUUUGGAGCACAACCUGCGCAGCAACGAAUUCUCUAAGUAUUGUCAAGGACGAGUGCCAAGGAAAAACGUCAUGCCAAAUCUCUGCAAGUAAUGGCGUGUUUGGUGAUCCUUGUCGUUUUACCGAGAAGUACCUCGAUGUUACCUACAGAUGCUUAGGCUGAACUGAAUUGCUGAGCUGAGCUCCAAUGAGAUAUGCGUUCUUCUUCAGCUAGACUGGAGCUUUGUUGAUGAUAUAUACACAUAUUAAUAUUUAUCGCUCGAUGUAUGCUUUUAUCUUUUAUGAUGAAUCCAGAAUAAUGUUACUUAAAAAAAUGUUUUUACUU